AUGGCGGAAUACCGUCAGCUCGGGAAGUCUGGUCUUCGCGUUUCCGUGCCCAUCCUUGGGGCUAUGAGCUUUGGCUCUUCGGAAUGGGCGCCCUGGGUAAUCAAUGAGGAUAGGGCAAUCCCUCUGUUGAAGGCUGCUUGGGAUCGCGGUGUCACCACCAUCGAUACAGCCAAUAUGUACUCUAACGGCGAAUCUGAACGUGUGAUCGCCAAGUUCAUCGCACAGUACAACAUUCCCCGCGAGGAACUGAUUAUUGCCACCAAGUGUCACGGCCUCGUCGUCAAAGAUGUCGGCGUCCGCGCAUUCCUCCACCCCGAGUUGAGCUCUCAGCCGCAAUACAUAAAUCAGUCCGGCCUCUCGCGCGCCGCGAUCUUCAAGCAGGUCGAAGCGUCUCUCAAGCGCCUAAACACUACAUACAUCGACCUCCUCCAGAUUCACCGUUUUGACGAGACUGUGCCCGCAGAGGAGACGAUGAAGGCGCUACACGACCUCGUGGAGAGCGGCAAGGUCAGGUAUAUCGGAGCGAGCUCCAUGAGGUGCUGGCAGUUCGCUCUGAUGAACGAGGUGGCGGAUAAGCGGGGGUGGACCAAAUUCGUCAGCAUGCAGGAUGAGUACUCUCUGCUGUACCGCGAGGAGGAACGUGAAAUGAUCGCGUACUGCAACUUCAAUGGCAUUGGGCUGAUCCCCUGGGCUCCCCUCGCGGCGGGUGCGCUCGCGCGACCGUUGGGUUCUGAAACUACCCGCUCAGACUCUGUCAAGGGAACGAUGCUCGAGAAUAAGGUCAAGGAGUCCGACAAGGUCAUCAUCUCUCGCGUGGAGGAACUCGCCAAGAAGAAGGGCGUCGCGAUGGCGCAAAUCGGGUUGGCGUGGAUUCAGACGAAGGUGAGCAGCCCAAUUGUGGGCUGUAGCUCUGUUUCGCGCUUGGAGGAGGCGAUCGUGAAGGGCGUGGACCUCACUCCGGAGGAAAUUGCAUACCUUGAGGAGCCAUACGAGCCAAGACCUGUCCGUGGUCACGCCUGA